AUGAAUGAAAUGAACCCCAUACCUACGAAGGAUGGGAAGAGCCCCGGAGCCGAGAAAAUGAUCAAGACUUGGGAGGAACAAGCGGACUUAGCACGAUCAUACUUGAAGAGGGCCCACAGAAGAAUGAAGAAAUGGGCCGACACAAAGAGGCGUCCAAGAGAGUUCUCCCAAGGGUCGAUGACUUAUGAGGGUCCGUUCCCGGUGAUCAAAAAGAUAGGCAACGUGGUAUACCGGGUCGAGCUACCUCCAACCCUUAAAAUUCAUCCAGUCUUCCACGUGAGCAUGUUGAAGCCUUACAAAGGGGACGUGGAAGAUCCAAGCCGUGGGCUAUCACAAAGGGCACCGCCGCUCACAACCAAGUCUUUCGACAAGGAAGUGGACGAGGGUCGAUGUAAUUGA